UUUCAAUGGAUUGCUGGAUUGCUAAAAAUAAUGAAAAAAAAGGUGCCAAAUUCAGUAGAAAUGGUCAUUCUCUAAAUUUAUAUUAGCCCAUUGCUGUUGUUUUUUAAUUUGCUGCAAUUACAUUUAAACCUUUAUUUAUUUCCAGAAAUAAAGCACAGCAAUGAAAGUACAGAGGAAAGGCCUGUUUUUGAGAUGUCACUUCCUGUCAAUGCACAUACUGCAUCCAGUACAUGUUCCAAAGAUAGUACCAUGAAGAAUGACGUUAUAACAACAGUGACCAGUACUGAAGUAAAUACCAGUGUAGGACAUUAUUCUGUAAUUAGUAAAGCAAAAGAAAUGGAGGCAGAAAUAAUGACAUUUCUGAAAAAUUACAAACAUAUAAAAUCCCUACCAAAGAUUAGCAAUAGCAUACUUAAUGAGUAUGAUGAUGUUACUAAAAGCAUGUCAGAUGAUGAGCGAGAUGAAUUAACAGAGUACUUGUGCACUUUUAAAGAAAUCAACCCUACAGCUUUUGAUGUGCCCUCCAUGGUUCAUAACACCAUUGCAUAUAUCAUAAACUAUUCUUCAAUAAAAGGUAUUGCAAAGUCUAGUGAGAAGUGUACAGAAUCAAAAAAUCAGGAGGAAACACAUGUGAUUGAAGAUGAUGCACUGCCACUACAGAAUAUGGCCCAGAUAUGAAAAAAGAAAAGUUGUUGAGGACUACCAGAUCAAAUGCUUAAAACAGGAGCACAUCAAACUUAAAAAUGAGAACAUUAAAUUAUUAAGUGAAAUUGAUCUAAUGAAAGAAAAGAAAGUAAUCACAGUUUUAAAGAAGAAGUUAAUUAAACUGCAGUUAAAAAAGAUGAGACUGGACAUGAAAGUUGAGAAUGAGUGUUAAACAUUUUAGUGAUUCAAAAUUAUAUUUAUUUCUGGAGAAAACAUCUUGAAUGACAGUUGAAAGAAUUUUAA